CCCUCUACCGCCGCGCUUUCGACUGCGACGUCGUGGGCCACUUCGGCAUCUACGGCUGCCGAGGAGAACGAGGCGUCGCCAGGGCCACCGCGGGCAGCGAUUGCAGCGCGCGGCCGCAGCGGCUCGCCGAGCUACCAGGGCGCUGGGGCGCCGGCUUGCCCGGCCACGCGCUGGCGCCGCCCAAUCAGAUGCGCGACGACGCGCGGGCGCGGGUCGAGGGCCGACCUGCGCCCGGCACGCGGGCGCCUGUUUCGCCAAUUGACAGGGCGCGCGCCGCGGAAGCGCCGGGGCGGAUCGGCGCCGGCCCACCAUGCCCAACCACGUCGAACGGACGAUGCGCCGCAGACCACCAGGACCGGGACGGCCCCGUCCAGGGCCCGACAGCGACCAAGGGAUUCCCGAUGACCCCAUCGAAGACCCAGACGACGCUGGCGGACUGCUGCAGACUCGCGCCACCAGGUACAGUGACUGCCUCCGACAGACGGAUGCACGCCAGCGAAGGCACGGUCCUACACCUCCAGCUCGCAGCCAUUGCGCACCCAUGGGGGCCAGUUCGCGCAAGUUUCCAGACCAGGAUGGAGGAGCGCAUCGACCGCGCCAUGGGCGAGAUCCAG